AUAAACAGACACACAAAAUGAUAGCCUAUGGCAUGUAGGUGGAUUCAAACAUAGCUCCAUGAUCCAAGGACUGAGAGUACCGACUAUACGGUUGAGUGCAUCUUAAGCCGGAGAGCUAACGGUACUCUAUUCUGAUACUUGAGUGGUCUAUUAAUAGCCAUCGGUCUUGCUGCAUCUUCAAACAUACACAUUCGAUUGCGGAAGUUUUAAAGACGCGAAAAAUCAUCACGGCAUAACUCUUGACAGUUUGUGAGAAACGGGUGUUCAAUUACUGAAGUUCGUCACGCUAAUGAUGAUAUGACCUCCACUAUGUUGAGUAAACGGAGGCUCAUUCUCGCUGUUGUAGUAGUGUUGCUUUUGUGCGCCGUGGGCGCUGGCGUUAUAUGUGCCAUUGUGUUCACCGUGGGCCGGGAUGACUCGACUCCCCCCAAAUCCCCGCCUGCCAUACGGACAGUGGUAGAUGUGGAGGCUUCAACCGGGGAAAUCUCCAUCAAGAACCUCAAUGGAGAUACCGUGAUGAGUGGCAUCCUAGCUGCUAGCUCUCCUGCCAGUGUGAAAGGUCUUGAAUGCUUCGCUGAAGGGAACGCACUCUGCUAUCUCUGGAAAGAAACUGCAGAGGUCAACAUCAACUUGGUUGCCACACAGGAAGUGAAAGACGAGCAGUUUUCGUGUACGCACGUGGUUUGGGAAUCCUUGGUUGCCGACGUACCCCUACGAGACUGCUAUUCCCUGGAUGGGGCUCAUUGGUACGGGAGUGCCGAGAUGUUCUAUCAGAUGUGGCCGAUUGAAAAAUGGAAUGAGACCACUACGAUGUACGUAUCUGGUGACAUGUACGCAAACUGGCAGGAUUACGGAUCGGUUUUGGACAGGUAUUGGUUAUCGUCCCGAGGGGUUGCCAUUCGUGUCAGCCAUGACACCCCUCUGCAUGUCAGUCUGAAUGACAAUGGUGACGGAAAGGUGUGCUUCCAAAGCACCUAUGCUAACUCUUACUACCCCAACCUCGAAAACAACUUGCAGCGCUUGGACUACACCAUCUGCACGCAUGACGAUGUGCGCCUCGUGCACGACGCCACUUGGCGCGAAAUUGGCCCAGCUGGCGGGAAACCGACUGGUUUACCGGACGAAAGAAUGAUCAGGUCUCCUAUCUGGUCCACGUGGGCACGAUACAAAAUCUUCAUCAAUGACAGCGUGGUGAACGAUUAUGCAGAUGAGAUCAUUGCCAAUGGGUUCACCAACAGCCAAAUAGAAAUCGACGAUGGAUACUCCAUGAAGUACGGAGAACUUGACUUUGAUCAGACGAAGUUCCCAUAUAUGAAUGACACCGUUCAGAAACUUCACGACAAGGGUUUUCGCGUGACUCUCUGGGUGACACCAUUUGCUAACAUUGACACCAACGCGUACCAAGAAGGUAAGGAGAAAGGCUACUGGGUGACUAAACGGGGGCAGAAUGAGGGCGUGGUCAAGUGGUGGAAUGGUUUAGCUGGAAUGCUUGAUGUUACCAACCCAGCCGCAGUGGAUUGGUUCGUAUCAAGACUCGAGAAGCUCCAACAGGAUACUGGAAUCGAUUCCUUCAAAUUCGACGCUGGAGAAACCAACUAUUUAGUCCAGGAUUUCGAGACCUAUGUUCCCUUAGUCAAUCCUUGCGAAUAUACUGCUCUUCAUUCUGAGAUGGCAGCGCGCCUUGGAGGCCAAAUCGAGGUCCGGGCAGCCUUCGAGAAUCAGGAUCUUCCAAUCUUUGUGAGGAUGAUGGAUAAGGAUUCCCGCUGGGGCUGGGAUAACGGACUAAAGACACUUAUCACCACAGCGCUGACAUUCAGCUUGCUAGGCUAUCCUUACGUUCUACCGGACAUGAUUGGUGGCAACUCUUACGAGUCGGAAUUCCACGGCCUCGAAGUACCACCGCGGGAGCUCUUCAUACGAUGGCUGGAAAUCACGGCCUUCAUGCCGGCUAUGCAGUUCUCCAUCUCGCCCUGGCAGUACGAUGACGAAGUGGUGACCAUCUCCAAGAAGUGGGUCACCUUCCACGAGGAUGUCAUCACGCCUAAGCUGCUCCAGAUCGCCCGGGCCGAGACCAUCGUAAACCCCGGUCAGCCGUUGAUCAGACCCCUAUGGUGGAUCGCACCGACCGACGAAGACUCCCUGAAGAUGGACACAGAGUUCCUAGUUGGUGAUGACCUAUUAGUGGCGCCUAUCGUCAAUAACGCCACCUACUCCAGGGAUGUCUACCUCCCUCCAGUGGAUGGAUUGUGGACACGCAUGCCACAGGGAGAUAGUGUGGAAGGCGGGCAGUGGCUUCGCAAUGUACCCGUUCCACUUGAUGAAGUGGCGUACUUUACUCGGACCAACGCCAAGUAAACAUUAAAAACAAUGAAAAAAGGCCAUCUCCGAAUUUCCCCGCAGGUUCGAAAAUUAUUAUUAAUUUUUUAAAUGGGAUGUUAAACGAAGACAACUGAAUGAAAAUUACCGUGGCCUACUAUGCACAUGUUAUCGACGUUGAAGGAUACCGACAUUGAGAUUUAUAAAAAGGGAUUGGCGAUAGCCUCCCAUGAGAAAAAGUAAAUAUAAACAGUAAUCUUUCACACAAAAUCAAACCUAUAUGUUGAAAAUUCAUUUCAGAUGCUUCAAAUGCCGAUGGUGUACAUUUCCUUUACCUCGAAACGGUGUAAUCAAUGAGUUCCCGAAUGGGAGAUAAUUAUGAUAUAAUCAUUUCUAUAAGGAAGCAGAAUAUCUUAUUGCCGAGGCCAAUGGUUGCUGUUUAUUGCUACGUGUACCUUUGUUAUCAGAUGCCAAUAAAAAAUGAAUGGAAGUUUCUGUUUGCCAUUUUCGUAGUUGUC